UUAUGGAACUUAAUUAUGGUUUUACAGAUUAAAACAAUUUUAAGUGGUUUUAUAAUUAGAGGGUACUUAGGAAAGUGGACUCUACUGAUAAAAUCUGUUGGAAUAAUGAUGUGUGUUUCGGCUGGUCUCAGUUUGGGUAAAGAAGGACCUAUGGUACAUAUAGCUUCAUGUAUUGGUAAUAUUUUAUCAUAUUUGUUUCCUAAGUAUGGCCGAAAUGAAGCUAAAAAAAGAGAAAUAUUAUCAGCAGCAGCGGCUGCUGGGGUUUCUGUUGCUUUUGGGGCUCCAAUUGGUGGAGUCCUAUUUAGUUUAGAAGAGGUUAGCUAUUAUUUUCCAUUGAAAACUCUAUGGCGUUCAUUCUUUUGUGCUCUCGUUGCUGCAUUUGUGCUUAGUUCAAUCAAUCCAUUUGGCAAUGAACAUUCUGUAAUGUUCUACGUGGAAUAUCACAGGCCAUGGAUGUUUUUUGAACUUAUACCAUUUAUUGGAUUGGGAAUUAUUGGAGGUGUGAUUGCAACUGUUUUUAUCAAAUGCAAUAUUAAAUGGUGUCGUUUUCGUAAAACCUCCAUUCUUGGACAAUAUCCAGUCAUGGAAGUAUUGUUACUCACAGCUGUAACAGCAAUACUCUCAUAUCCCAAUCCAUAUACACGCAUGGGAACUAGUCAAUUAAUUUAUCUUCUUUUCAGCCAAUGUGAUGUAUCUAGUAAUGAUGGUUUGUGCGAUUAUACAAACGACAAAGCAAAUUUAGCUGGACCYGGUGUGUACACAGCUAUGGUACUUCUAUCAAUGGCGUUUGUAUUGAAAUUAGUCACUACAAUUUUUACAUUUGGAAUUAAGGUACCUUGUGGUCUGUUUAUUCCGAGCUUAGCUAUGGGCGGCAUCACUGGCCGUAUUGUUGGUAUUUUGAUGCAACAAUUAGCUGCCAAACACCCUCAUUUAUGGUUUUUCGACAACAGUUGUGGAUUACCUGGCCAAGAAGGCUGUAUUACUCCUGGCUUAUAUGCCAUGGUAGGUGCUGCUGCUGUUCUAGGAGGAGUAACCCGAAUGACUGUUUCAUUAGUGGUCAUUAUGUUUGAAUUGACCGGUGGUGUCAGAUACAUUGUUCCAUUGAUGGCGGCUGUCAUGGCCAGCAAAUGGGUUGGUGAUGCACUGGGAAAAGAAGGAAUGUAUGAUGCUCAUAUUCAGUUAAAUGGUUAUCCAUUUUUGGACAGUAAAGAAGAUAUUGUUCACACAGCAUUGGCAGCUGAUGUUAUGCAGCCUCGUCGAGCUGAAAAUUUGAACGUUCUCACUCAGUCUUCAAUGUCACUAGAAGAUACUGAAAUAUUAUUAAAAGAAACUGAACAUAAUGGAUUUCCGGUUGUGGUGUCACGAGAAUCUCAAUAUCUUGUUGGAUAUGUGUUACGUAGGGAUUUACAAUUGGCAUUAGAAAAUGCUAAACGAACCAUUGAUGGACUUUUACCUGAAUCUUUAAUUCUCUUUACCGACAUAACUCAACAAGUAAUGCCUCCUCCUUUAAAAUUAAAGAAAAUUCUGGAUAUGGCCCCAAUUACAAUUACCGAUCAAACACCUAUGGAAACUGUGGUUGAUAUGUUCAGAAAAUUAGGACUUCGGCAAACAUUGGUUACACACAAUGGGAGACUUUUGGGAGUUAUWACAAAAAAAGAUAUUUUACGUUAUAUUAAACAAGUUGAUAACGAAGAUCCUAGUUCUGUACUCUUCCAUUGAUGGUUGUUAAUUAACUAUAUGGAUUUUAUAUCCAUUAUUUAGCUCAAUUUUUGUUUAUAUUAUAUUUUAUUAAUUUUUUUUUCCAAAGUUUUGUUUUAGAAACUUAAUUUUAAAAACAUUGUAAUAGUAGUUUCCUAGAUAUUUAAAUCUAGUAAAUAUUUGGGAAAGGUUAAUUGUGAAUAAUAGUUUACCUAAAAAUUAAAUACUAUAUGAAAAUAACUAUGUAAUCGACUAUAUACAUUGUAAGAUACUUUUUGAACUUAUGGGUWUGCUCGGAGGUUCAUAGAUAGUAAUCAGUAACUAUCAAAAAUAUAUUAUGAAAAUUUAAUAUUAUAUUUUUAUUAUUAAUUCUAUAAUUAUUKACUAUCGUUCAUUGAGAAAAAUCUAUUUACUUGAUUUAGUGUGUCUGUUAGUAUGUAUGUAYACCAUUAUAUUAUGUGUUUUUAAC